AUGUGCCUAACAACCCACCACCGCUCUCGCAACUGCGGCCAUCACUGGCUGCAGAUCGCACGCCCCUGCUACCCCGAAAUGGGCUUCAACACCUGUGACACAUUCGGCAACGGCGUUGCACGGGAACCAUCGGACGAGUUUGUUUGGGAGGGCAUGUGUCCGGCAUGCGCACACCCGGGGAUGUACGACAAGAACUACGUCCGGAUGAUCAUCGAUAUUAAGAAUAAGUGGCGAUGGGGCCUGGGACCUUGUAAGGAUGAUCCAGGGGUGGAGUGUGUGGUAAUGUGA